AUGCCCGGGUGUAACUCCGCCCUACAUCCAGGCUGGGCAGCAGAGGUGGUGGUGCUGGCAGAGGCGGCGCAGCUGAGGCAGCAGAGGUGGGCGAGGCAGAGGCGGGCGCGGCAGAGGCGGGCACGGCAGAGGUGGUGGAGGCGGCGGCAGAGGCGGGCGUGGCGGCAGUGGCAGAGGCAGGCACCGCAGAGGCGGCGGCGGCAGAGGCGGUUAGGGCGGCUGCUGCCGUGGCAGAGGCGGGAUCCUCAGAGGCGUGCGUGGUGGCGGCUGCUGUGGCAGAGGCGGGAUCUGUGGGGGCAGCAGAGAAGGGUGUUGCAGAGGCGCCUGAGCCGGGAUGUAGAGGCAGCUGCCGAGGCGGUGGUGGAGGUGGUGAGAGCAGGAGCCGGAGUGGGAGCCGAGGGAGAACCAGUGGCAGGACCUUGUUCCCCGAAGCCCGGCCCUGCAUCCCAACCCUGCCCAGCCUGCGCCCAGCCAUGUGUGCGGCCUGCUGAGUCCGGGCGCCUCAGGCUGCGCCCUCCGCCAGCGGCGCCCUGCUUCCCGCGGGUGAUUAGGUGCCUUUUGUUGUUUUUUAAUUUGAGCCAUGGGAGAGGGAGGAGGGGCAGCUGCUGCAGGCUCACCCCGCCUCCGGCCGGCUGUGGCAGCAUGACUCUGGCCUGGUCCCCAGGCACCGCCUGUGGCGCGGUUGGAGCGGAGCGCACAGCGGAGGCUGUGCCCAGAGAGGAGCGCAGCUCUCCCGCCCCACCCUGCCGCAACAGCGGCUAGGGCGACUCUGCGAGCCGAUUGAUCAGCUUCUGCCUCACCUAUUUUGAUGAGGAUUCUCAUAAUGAUAAAGAUAACAAUUCUUCUAGAAUCUUACAGCCUGUCAAAACUGAAUCAAGUAGAAACAGACCAAC